GUCAUUGAGAAACAUGGCCGCCUCCACGGGAGCUACGAACGUUGCUGCCUCCGAUUUACAAGAUCCUUCUCCGGCGGGUCCGAGCAUGGACAGUCCACCGCUUCAGUACAGUCUGAUCCUGGAGCACCUGAUCGGGGACAAGAGGCCCAUAAAGGAGCUGAGUCCCGGUGUCAUGGGGGGGCUGCCGGUGCCCGUGAAAACCGACGAGCAGAAGAUGAUCGAGAGGGGCAUGGAGAGCUGCGCCUUCAAGUCUGUGCUGGCCUGUGUGGGAGGUUUUGUCCUCGGAGGAGCUUUUGGUGUUUUCACAGCCGGCAUCGAUACCAAUGUUGGUAUUGAUCCCAAAGACCCUCUGAGAACUCCGACAGCACGAGAAGUACUCAAAGACAUGGGCCAGAGGGGGAUGUCCUACGCCAAGAACUUUGCAAUCGUGGGCGCCAUGUUCUCCUGCACAGAGUGCAUCAUAGAAUCACACAGAGGUAAAUCUGACUGGAAGAACGCCGUGUACAGUGGCUGUGUUACUGGAGGAGCCAUCGGAUUUCGUGCUGGUCUGAAGGCCGGGGUGCUGGGAUGUGGAGGCUUCGCUGCAUUCUCUGCUGCCAUCGAAUAUUAUUUACGGUGAACCACCAAAGAGUGGCUCUGUGGACUCAAUGGAUUCACAUGUGGGAAAUCCAGCUUGUGAAUAUUUACCUGCACAUGUAGGAUUGCUGCAUAAGAAGAACUGAUGUAUUCGGUGGAAGGGGCAGGAUUUUUGUUGGUAAAAGACCUGUGUUACUUUUACUAUAUGGACAGUUUGAGCACAGCAAAGCAGCUUCAUGUGGAGAAACUGAGCAGAGUGGAUCUGCUUCUGUGUUGAAGGUUUUAAGGAUGAGAUGAAAAUGUUGAACCCAAUUCACCUCCAUUCUGAGCCACGACCAACUCAAAUGGGACUCAGAUAAACGCUGUUAUUCAUUAUUAGAAUAAUGUGUCUACUCAACUAAUCUACAUCAGAAUUAUUUAUAUGAAUAAAGAUGUUUUUGUUAACUUG